AUGCCGGAUCCAGCAAAAUCUGCUCCUGCUCCUAAGAAAGGUUCCAAAAAGGCUGUCACGAAAGUGCAGAAGAAAGACGGUAAGAAGCGCAAGCGCAGCCGGAAGGAGAGCUAUUCUGUUUAUGUAUAUAAAGUGCUGAAGCAGGUUCAUCCAGACACCGGCAUUUCGUCGAAGGCCAUGGGUAUUAUGAAUUCCUUCGUGAACGACAUCUUCGAGCGCAUCGCGGGCGAAGCGUCGCGCCUGGCGCAUUACAACAAGCGGUCGACUAUUACGUCCCGGGAGAUCCAGACGGCUGUGCGCCUGCUGCUGCCCGGCGAGCUAGCCAAGCACGCCGUGUCGGAAGGCACCAAGGCGGUCACCAAGUACACCAGUUCGAAGCCUCCACAGGAAAAUUAUCUUCAGGGCACGGACCUUGUCUUGGUUCUGUAA